AGUUUUUUAACCGAGGUGAAAUGAAUGUGGAAUCUUGUAAGCUUAGGAUGGAAACUAGCAUAAUUUGGGGAAUUUAUGGUUUCUUUAACUCCACGCCAAGCUAAGUAUUCCCCCCGCCGGCCCCUCCCAUGCAUGCAUUAUAUAUCCAUGCAUAUUAAUCUCUCUCUAAUUAUAUUAUGUUUCUCAAUCCCAAACCAAUUUAAUUAUUGCUUACAAAAAUGGGUGCACCAUCAUCAUUUCAUCCUCUCCCCAUUUUCUUGACUAUUUUAUCCUUGUUAUUAUCAUCAGGUGUAAGAAUAUGUGAGGGUGCCAGAGUUUUCACAAUGGUAAACAACUGCAAAGAGACUAUAUGGCCGGCGGUGACCCCCGGCCAGAGCUUCAACGGCGGGGGGUUCGCCCUGAAACCCGGCCAGUCGCUAGUCUUCACCGCUCCAGUGGCAUGGAGCGGCCGAAUCUGGGCCCGAACCGGGUGCAGGUUCGACAAGUCGGGCAACGGCACGUGCCAGACGGGCAGCUGCGGGACGUCCCUGAAGUGCGGGGCCUCCGGCGCGACCCCGGUCACGCUUGCCGAAUUUACCCUCGCGUCCCCGGACUUCUACGACGUGAGCCUCGUCGACGGGUUCAACGUCCCCGUGACGGUGCGGCCGCUGGGCGGGCGGGGCAACUGCAGCGUGGCCGGGUGCGUCGCGGACCUCCGCCCGAACUGCCCGUCGGAGCUCGCGGUCAGGGCGGGCGGCGGGAAGACGGUCGCGUGCCGGAGCGCGUGCGACGUGUUCGACACCGACGAGUACUGCUGCAAGGGCAUUUAUGGAAACCCGACGACUUGUCAGCCGACGUACUACUCGAAGAGGUUCAAGCAGGCUUGCCCUAAAGCUUAUAGUUAUGCAUAUGAUGACCCUUCCAGUAUUUUCACUUGCUCUGGGACUGAUUAUGUUGUCUCUUUCUGCACUUCCAAGACGGGAAGAGUAUGUACGUACCACGAACACAAUGUCCGCUGCAGUGGAUCAAAUGGGUUGAGAGCAUUCUUCGCCGGAUUCUUCAUUAUCCUUGCAGCUAAUAUAUGGAAUAUUAUUGUUUAGAAUUGAGGAAAAAUUGCAUACCAACAUUUUUAAACAUUUUAGAUUUUACAUAAAUAACUCAAGAUUGCAUAAUUAUUAGUGAAAUUUGCAGUAAACAGUAUUAAAACAUAUGUCAUUUUCUAAUAUAGUACUUAAGCUUUAUUAUUUGUUACGCAUGGAAAACGUGGGGCGCAAGGAGGCUUCUGGCUGGCAGU